CACCAACCAACACACGACGAGAGAGUAUAUAGCACAAUUCAUGUGCCUGGGCAGUUGGCCUUGCUUACUUGUCGAUCGAGUGAGACUACUGCAGCCGCCGCCGCCGCCACCUCCUCUCCGAUCCGUUUCCUCCUCCUCCCUCGAAAUCGAUUCGAUCGAUCAAUCAAUCAAUCAUUGUCGUCUGCACCAUCUCCAAUCCCCUACCUUGCUAGAUAGUCUAGUCAGGCCGCCUGCUGCCUGCCUCAAACGGAUCGACGGGACUGGAGGGAGGAAGAAGACGACGAUCGGAGUCUUGGAGAUGGAGGGCGGCAACGGGCAGAUCGACCGCAGCGACGAGCGGGAGGAGAUGAAGCUCAUCAUCGACACAGAUCCCGGCAUCGAUGACAGCGUGGCGAUCAUGAUGGCUUUCCAGUUGCCGGGAGUGCAAGUCCUAGGGCUCACCACCAUUUUCGGCAACUGCACCACGGAGCACGCCACACGCAACGCCUUGAUCCUGUGCGAGAAGGCAGGCCAUCCUGAGGUUCCAGUAGCAGAGGGCAGCCAUGAGCCUCUCAAGGGAGGAAAGCCGCAUGUUGCCGACUUUGUUCAUGGAUCUGAUGGCCUCGGGAACAUAGUUCUUCCUGAUCCCACUAUCAAGAAAGUUGAGGAAAGCGCUGCUGACUUCUUGGUUGAUAAGGUCUCGCAAUUUCCUGGAGAGGUCUCUGUGCUUGCCUUGGGUCCUCUGACAAACAUAGCAUUGGCCAUCAAGAAGGAUCCCUCCUUUGUGAAAAAUGUUAAGAAGAUUGUUGUGCUGGGUGGAGCAUUCUUUGCAGCUGGAAAUGCCACCCCUUCUGCUGAAGCAAAUAUCCACAGCGACCCGGAGGCAGCCGAUAUAGUUUUCACUUCUGGGGCAGACAUCUAUGUCGUUGGCCUCAACAUCACAACGCAAGUUAGCUUCACAGAUAAGGAUCUCCUGGAGCUAAGAAACUCAAAAGGGAAGCACGCGCAAUUCCUAUGUGAUGUAUGCAAGUUCUACUUGGACUGGCACAUCAAGUCUUAUGGUGCUCCUGUGAUUUUCCUACAUGAUCCGGUGAGCUUUGCCGCGCUGGUUUGUCCGGAGAUGUUCACGUUCAAGAAGGGUGUGGUGAGGGUGGAGACACAGGGCAUCUGCGUCGGGCAUACUUCCAUGGACAUGUUGCUGAAGAAGUGGAAUUCAGAGAACCCAUGGACUGGCUACUCGCCGAUUUCGGUCGCAUGGACGGUCGAUGUGCCCAAAGUGGUCGCAUUUGUGAAGGAGCUCGUCAUCAAACAGUGAACGGAAUUAACUAACAUGUUAUGAGCACUGCGUUCUCGCACACCAGAUGUGCACCAAAUUUGAGAUGUAGAUAUUUAUUCACAUUUGACGCACUGCAAACACUAUUAUGUCAAUCAUUGGUUCCUUUGGAGGACUUCAAAUCAAUUUGAGAUUUUUUAAAUUGCAGCA